AUGGCCAAACCCAUAUUCUGUGCCACGCACCCGAGAGCCUGUAGCACGGCUUUUGAACGGGUGUUUAUGACCAGGGAAGAUUUGACCUCCGUGCACGAACCGUUUGGUGACGCAUUUUACUAUGGUCCAGAGCGCAUGAGUGUGCGCUACGAAAAUGACGAAGAGACCAGAAUCGCCUCAGGGUACGGCGAUUCGACCUAUAAAACGAUCUUCGAUAGUUUGGAAGACGAAGAAGCUAAGGGCAAACGCGUGUUUAUCAAAGACAUCCUCCAUUACCUAGUCCCUCCGAAUCAUCAAGCACCCAAAUUGGCGCCCUCCUUGUACCCUCACAGGCGCGGCAUUGGCACCGAAGCAACCUUUAACAUAGCUGACGGGGUAAAUGGUAGCCAUCACGCCAACGGCAUAAACCGCGUCAAUGGUGACCAUCAUGUCAACGGUGCUAAUGGUGUCAACGGAGACUAUCAUGUCAACAGCACAAACGGUAUCAAUGGUGACCAUGUUAAUGGUAUAAGUGGCAUCAACGGAAGCCAUGAUACCAAUGGCACCAAUGGCGUGAAUGGCACCGGGAAAAAGGCUCCCUUCCCCUUCCCGACAGAGGGUGAACCUGGAAACCCGACAAUCGUCCCCAGGGCCCUGCUUGAGAAGUUCCACUUCACCUUCCUUAUCCGUGACCCUCACUCGAGUAUCCCAUCUUACUAUCGAUGCACUAUACCUCCACUUGAAGAAAUGACCGGCUUUCACGAAUUCUACCCAGAUGAGGCUGGCUAUGAUGAACUCCGGCGCUUUUUCGAUUACGCACGAGAGACUGGCUUGGUUCGGGACAAAGGUGCAGCUCUGGCAAAUGGAUCAGCAAACGGAGCAACGGAGAAUGGCCAUGCAAAUAUUCCUGAGGUUUGCUUGGUGGAUGCUGAUGAUUUGCUGGACGACCCAGAGGGUAUCCUCCGAGCUUACUGCGCAAGUGUGGGUCUUGAUUUCAAUCCUGACAUGCUGAACUGGGACGACGAAGAGCUUCAGUCGCGUGCUAAAGAGGUGUUCGAGAAGUGGAAGGGCUUCCACGAGGAUGCCAUCAACUCUACUGACCUCAAGCCAAGAAAACACAAGAAAGCAGCAAAAUCCGAGGAGCAGUGGAAUGCUGAGUGGAAGGAGAAAUACGGAGAAAAGGCAGCAGAGGUGAUCCGGAAGACCGUCGACCAGAACAUGGCGGACUUCCUGUACCUGAAGCAGUUUGCCCUCAAGCCAAAAGCUUGA